CAAACUUAACUUCUUUUUAUUAUCUUGAAAGGUUCUUCUGAUGAAAAUACAUAUCCCCACGACUUAAACUGUCCAAUAAAUACAUUCACAUAAAUUUCUAGACAAUGUUUUUGCAGAGUAAGAAGUUCUAGUUCUCUGCAUAAAACCUUCAUUUGCACAAUUUCGUCAAAGGAACAGAAAACAAGAUCAAAUCAUGGGAUUUGAGUUUUCUGACUAUAUCUUCAAAGUGGAUGGAGAAUCUGACAAUGAUGAAUUUGCUCAUAUUCUUGAUGAUCAAGAUUCUUCAAGCAUGAACGAUGGAGAAAGUGCAAUUCUUUAUGGUAGCAGCAUCAUUGCUGAUGGUCACUCUUAUUCUGAACAAUGGCCAAGGAGUUAUAAAGAAACAACAGACUCGCUAUCGAUUGCUGCAUCACCAAAUGGGAUUAACCUUCUUAGGCAGGCACAAAGCAUAACUCAAAGCAUAACACAAAGCUUAACCAACAUAACUUUGAGCCAUCAUGAUCUAUAUGUCAAGGCUCCUUUCCUUACUCCAACUGACAAAUCCAAAGAGCAGUUUGAUAAAUUUUCCAGUACUUUAACAUGGUCAACCUUUGGCAAAUCAUCCUUCUACCAUGCUUCCGAGCAACAGAUGACUACUUAUGGGUGCAAUGUCACACAAACUGUCUUCAAUGGGUUCAGUGUAUUUGUUGGGAUCGGACUUUUGUCAGUGCCUUCUACCAUACAAGAAGGCGGUUGGGCAAGUGUAGGAUUAUUACUUCUGUAUGCAGCAAUGUGCUAUUUUACAGGCUAUCUUCUAAGGAAAUGUAUGGAGAUCAACAAAGAUAUCAUCACUUUUCCUGACCUAGGAGAGGCUGCAUUUGGAAACCUUGGCCGUGUAUUUGUAUCUAUUAUCUUCUAUAUUGAGUUAUAUUUUAGUUGUGUGGAAUUCAUAAUGAUGGAAGCAGAUAAUCUUGCUAAAUUAUUUCCAAAUGCUAGCUUACAAUGGGGGAACAUUUACCUCAGCCCGGUUCACUUCCUUGGAAUACUUUCUGCUCUCAUUGUUCUACCAACAUGCUAUCUUAGGGAUUUUCGCAAAAUCUCCUUCAUUUCCGCUGGAGGAGUAUUUGGAGUAGCAUGCAUAGCACUUUCACUAAUAUUAGUUGGUACAACCGAUGACAUUGGGUUCCAUCAAACUGGCCCUUUAGUGAAGUGGAAUGGCCUUCCUUACGCUCUUGGUGUGUUCGGUUUCUCCUACUCCGGUCAUUCUGUGCUUCCUAACCUAUAUCAUUCAAUGUCAGACAAGAAGAAAUUUCAGAAAGCACUAACAAUAAUUUUUGCAUUGUCGAUCUCAACAUACGUUCUAGUGGCUGUUUCCGGAUUCCUCAUGUUUGGUGCAGACACAAACGCUCAGAUCACACUUAAUCUACCCGGAAACUCUGCUGCCACAAAGAUUGCACUGUGGACGACAGUUCUGAGCCCCUUUUUCAAAUAUCCCUUGUUGCUAAACCCUUUGGCCAGGAGUCUAGAAGAAUUGCUGCCACCAACUUUGUCCAAUAGUUGCUGGUGUAUAAUUCCUUUGAGAACUGCCCUCGUUGUUUCUAGUGUUUGCGUUGCGUUUCUCGUACCCUUUUUUGGUUAUGUGAUGGCCUUUUCUGGAUCAUUAUUGUGCUUACUCGCGUCUAUUGUAGUGCCAACUCUUGGCUAUGUAAGAGUUGCCAAAAACCUGUCAUCCUUACAGAUUAUUACGUGCUAUGCAGUCGUGGUCAUAGGUCUCAACGUCGCAUUAUUUGGGACAUAUUCUUCAGUCUAUAGCAUUAUCAACAGCUACUAAUUCACUCCCCUUGUUCGGUAUCUAGAUAAAACUCUAAUCUUAGAGAUUUAAAACUAAACAAACCAAUGUAAUUAUCGGAUAAAUUGUACAUUUCCUCUUUUCUUGUUCUGGUUUUUUCUGUAUUUUGGUGAGUUUUCGUUGGUGCUGAAAUUAUGAGGAGAUGCCGAUCCUUAGGCCUGCGUAAAUAACAGGACUGCCUUCUACAAGUGAUGGUUCAGGCACUCCAUUGCAGUAGAAAGUUCAAAUCUCUACUUCACAGAGUGUACAGUUUUUGGCCAGGAUUUAGCAGCUCAAGUUAUUUAUAGUAUUCAACCUUGAACAACUUUCAAUCUCUUUCACUCU